ACGUGCCCACAUUCAUACACCUACUUCUGAGCAAUAAGGGGUGUGCCUGCAUGCAUGAGCACAACAAACAAACAAACGUUGUUAGAGCAAUGGCUAGUCCAGUUAAUUACGAGUUUGUAGACAAGGUACCAGAAGAUCAUCACUGCACUAUUUGCACUAACAUUCUAACAGACCCAGUACUGACCGAAUGUUGUGGACAAGAUUUUUGCGAUGGCUAUCUAAAAAUAUGGCUAAAAAGGCAAAAAACAUGUUCUUGAAGCUCAUAGUCUAAGACAACUCUGGAGCUAGUCCAGUGUCCCUUCUCUGAGGCUGGGUGUGGUGAUGUACCACGUAAAGAUCUGGACACACACAUUGCCUCAAGCACGCAACAACAUCUGGCAUUGGUCAUGACAACCAUGACAAACACGAAAAAGCAGCUAACGGAAAAAAUGCAAGUAAUGUAUCGACACUUCAACCAUGGCUUCUCGUGUGACCAGAGAGUUUGGUUCCAGUUCAGAAAACACACAUAGUCUAGAAAUUGACAGCAUCAGUACAACACUGGCGCUAGUGACCACAAUGCUUGAGACAGAAUCUUUCCUUGUCAAACCUGGCUACAAGAUGCAGAUUCACUACACACAUUUCGAUAUAUUCGGUAAUUCUGAUGUAUCAGUGAGUAUAUACUUGGAAAGGGGAGAAAGCGAUGAUCAACUGAGAUGGCCGAUGCUGGGAAUAACUGUACGGUGGCCCUGAGGUACACACCUACUCCAUUUUUCAUUUGCGGUUCAUUUCGCAGUUCAACUACGCUUCUGCAGUUCACUUUGCAGUUCGCUUUUGCAGUUCGCUCUGCUUUUGCAGUUGUCUGGCUUCUGCUCAAUCACAUGUGCUUUAAUAAGAAACAAGUAAGAGAAUGUUAUUAUGUAGCACUAAUAGCUAGCUAGCUAGCUAUGUCUCUGCUGUGUCUGUCUGUGUUUAACGUUUAUCAUGGCACAUUAAUCUACACAACAACUCAACGGUAUAGCCUAUAGGGUAGGAUGUAUGCAGAUAUUAAAUACCCCAGAUCUGUUGAUAAAAUACUUUUACUCGUGGAGACCCUACAAACUAAUCGUUCAAACACAGACUGCAGAGAUAUUAGACACACAGCUAUAGCUAGCCAGCAUAAUAUUCUCUUGCCUGUUUCUUAUUAAAGAAUUAAGUUGCAACAAACUAAUUAUUAUUGUUGUUUAAGGUAACCUGUUUCUAUACAGGCUUACCACAUGAUCAGCAUUUCUAGGUCAGUGAGUACUAUAUACAGUAUAUACACAUGUACUUCUUCAUUUAUUUUGUCUUUAAUGCUGUAAAAUCAUAUUUAAUUUGAAAGCACAAGUCAUGUGAUGUCAUGUGAUUAUUGUGAUUGAGCAACUGCAAAAGUCAACUGCAAAAGCGAAUUGCAAAAGUGAACUGCAGAAGAGAACUGCAAAAGUGAACUGCAGAAGCGAACUGCAAAAGUGAACUGCAAAGUGAACUGCAGAAGAGAACUGCAAAAGUGAACUGCAGAAGCGAACUGCAAAAGUGAACUGCAAAGUGAACUGCAGAAGCGUAGUUGAACUGCAGAAGGGCAGUUGAACUGCGAAAUGAACCGCAAAUGAAAAAUGGAGUAGGUGUGUACCUCAGGGCCACCGUAUAACUGUCACAAUAGAAGAUCCUGACAAGAAAAAGAUCGGAGAUAUUAUAAUCUGUACAAGUUCAAGGGUUAAAAUAUCAAUCGAGUAGAGAGGAGUGAGUAUCCACGAGAAAUUGUUAGUACUAUCGUACCUCUUCGUACAUGUACUUCUCAUAUAUAAUGUUUGAGGACCACGUUUGCAUACAGCGGCAGACUGAAGUUUGGCGUUUAGAGCGUAUAAGUAUUUUGUAGAUAUGAUAAUUGGGGCGAGCGUAGCGAGCCUUAACUUAGUGACGACGGUAGGAAAUUUCUCUGUAUGUAUGUAUGUAUGUAAUGGUACGUCCGUACGGCCUGAUAGCUGGUUUUUACACACGCGGUCCUUACCAAUUUCGUGUAUUCCUCGUGUAUUUUGCACAACUGGAGGCAUAAGGCAUAAAAUGAAUCCUGACAACGAACACAAACAAGAAAGACUUCGAAUAAGGAGGGAUCGAGAGAGACAAGCAAGAGCCCAAGAAACAGCUGAAGAGAAAGAAGUCAGGCUAGCCAAACGUAAACAACAAAGGCUUCGAAGACAGAGUGACCAAGAAAGACAAGCAAGUGCUAACACGCUCGCCCCAUGACACCUUGUGUUAGAAUUUAGUGAACACUAACAUUGUAUACAUGACUUGUGUGUAGUACAGCACAACUAUAGACAUGCAUCUCUAAGAAUUAUGAUUGAGUCUUUGUUAAGCAACCUGACUGAACACAGUGUGUCACACUUUUGUGACAGUCAUGGAAUGUGUAUACACGUAUACACAAAGUAACGGAUGCCUUUUUUAGACACUACUCGCUUUUAGUAUAGGCAUAAACAUUAUCCUCACAUAGAACAAGAGAACAAUGUACACCACUAUAUUAACCAUCACAUGACUCCCGGGUUACACCAAUUGAGGUUACGUAUAAGCUUUUCAACCACAUGCAGCUAACAUCCUAGAGGUGAUAAUGACAUUCAAAACAUGUAGAGAGAUUUAGAAUGGCCAGUCAGAAUGAAGCAGAGUUCGUGGAUGAGCUAACAGAAGACAAUAUUUGCAGUAUCUGCACUAACUUACUCCACAACCCAAUGCUGACCGAUUGUUGUGGACAGCACUUCUGUGAGGAGUGUCUACAAAACUGGCUACAGACACAAGGACAGAGGACGUGUCCUCACUGUCGAGACAAGGCUUCAACUACAUUAAGAGUCUUCUUAUGAAACGACCAUUAUUAUUGGCUAUAUAAUGACUACGUAUACUACAUGUGUACUUCUACAUGUUUAAAGUGAUGAUAGCAUUGUUUCCAGUGAUGCCAGUCAUAUAGCAGUGUUAUAAUAAUUGCAGUGUUUCCAUGAUCGUAGUGUAUUUGCAUAUAGAAGUUCCUAAGAGAAUACUUAACAGUCAGUAGAGAUGCAUGAUAAACAAUUCUGUCGUACUGUGUACAAUAACAAACUACGAAAACGAUAUCCUCACAUAGAACAAGAGAACAAUGUACACAACUACUAACCAUCACAUGACUCUCGGGUCACACCAAUUGAGGCUAUAUACGUAUAAGGUUUUCAACCACAUGCAGCUAACAUCCUAGAGGUGAUGAAAACAUUCAGCACAUGUAUGUAUUAUAGCACCAUAGAAUAGAGAGAUUUAGAAUGGCUAGUCAGAAUGAAGCAGAGUUCGUGGAUGAGCUAACAGAAGACAACGUUUGCAGUAUCUGCACUAACUUACUGAAGAACCCAAUGCUGACCGAUUGUUGUGGACAGCACUUCUGUGAGCAGUGUCUACAAAACUGGCUACAGACACAAGGACAGAGGACGUGCCCUCACUGUCGAGCACAAGGUUUCAACUACAUCAAGAGUCUGCCUAUGAAACGAGCCAUCGACAGUUCGAAGAUCUACUGUCUUAAUCGCUCCAAGGGAUGUGACAAAAUCAUUACACUGAGUACAUGCAAUCAACAUCUCGAGAAAUGCUUGUUUGUGGAGGUAUCAUGUACUAAGAAAUGUGGAGAAAGAAUGCUACAAAAAGAGCUUCAAGAUCACGAGGACAACAAGUGCCCAAACCGUCUGGUACUAUGUCAGUAUUGCAAAACAGAGGUGAUGCACAAAGAAAUAAUAGCAAACAGUCAUUUAGACGAAUGUGAAGAUUUUCCAAUUUCCUGCCCCAAUAAUUGUGGGCAUGAGAAAAUACAGCGCUGGAUCUUAGCAGAUCACCAAGAGGUGUGCCCUCUUGAACUAGUAAAGUGUCCCUUCUUUGAAGCCGGGUGUAGCGAAACGAUUUUCCGAAAAGAUUUGGCAGCACAUAAAGCAUCAAACACAGAGCACCACCUGGAGCUAGUGAUGACAGAGACUUUUACGCUUAAACAGAAGGCUGACAAGUUUGAGCAGAAUGCUGUAAAGUUAGAGCAACUUUCACUCAAGUUUGAUGGCUUAGCAUCUUGUGUAACUAAGCAACUAAGCACCAUUGAUUCUAACCCUCAGACACAAGCAGCUAUUGAUGACAUCAAAAGCUCUCUAGAGACAAUGACCACAAUGCUAGCACCAGGUGACACACGAUACUACCUACCACUAGUUAAACAGUCAAGGUAUAACGCUCGGUCAGCUUCGUUCUACAUUAAGCCUGGCUACAAAAUGUAUGUGGACCUUGAUAGUCACGAUAAUUGUAAUGUAUACUUGGAGCAAGGCGAACACGAUCACCAACUAAAGUGGCCCAUGACUGAAAUGGAAAUUCAACUCAGUAUUACGGAGAAUAGUAUUGUUAUCCUAUAUGGAGAAACAAUCUGCACCAGAUGUGGCUACACAGUGAACCGACUAGAGGACGACAGAACACAGCAACCUAUCAACUAUCCACGGGCACGUUGCUGGCAUACUAGGCUAGGGGUUCUGAGAGACUUAGUAUUCCUAACAGUGAGAAACCACAAGUGUGGUGUGUAAUGGAUAGUAAUGAAUAUACGAGCGACUACAAGUCAAAAGGGCGAUUGGACGUUAAAAUAAUUAGUCCGAGUAGCUAAUACUCUUCUUAGUGUACCAGAAUCAUGAGUUUAAUUACCGG